GUGGGAAAGGGGACAAAGCGACUGGGGCUUAUCUAAACAAGGCGUUCUCUCAAUUUUACCAUUGUCAUUCCCAUUGUCCUUUUGUUCGUCCAUGAAUCAUAACGCGGUGACCACCUAACUUUAUAUAAGCCUCACGCCUUCAUUGUAUCAUUAUUUGUCCCCACUUUGCGCUUGGACUACCAAUCUCAGCCAAACAGCUCUACAGAAAUGCACGCCAUUGUUCCAUCCAGCUCAAGCUCUUUUAUACAUCCUACAUAUUGGCCACAGGCCUCUAAUUCUGCACUCAAUGAUGCACCUCCUCUGCGUCUGAAAUCUCCUUUCCAGCUCGCGUCGAGUUCUACCGUCGAGACAACGUCCGAGAACUUCUCUAGUCGAGCUCAUCAACGCAGACGCCACUGCGUCCGCGUAGACUGUCCCGUACAGUCCGUAUUAUCUUCAUCGUCGUCUCAUCCUUUUGAUGAUCUAUCAUGGAUAUCUGCCAUGGACUCAUCUUCCGAGGACUACGGCUUAUCCGAUAUUGCCGAUCUCUCGGAACUUCCAAUCCCCACUUCUGUUGUGGAAGAAGCAGGCCCCGGUGCUGGUCCUGUUCGGCGACGAAAAACUUCUCUUCAUCGCACUAGUCCUCUUCGGGUUGCUUCUGGAUCAUCUACUCACUCGACUCAUCACCCAUCUAUACUCAGAAAUCGGCACAUACUCGCUCCAUCCACACCACGACCUCGACUUCCUCGUUCUCGCAUUGCAUUCCACGACCUCAUGCCUCUAUUUACCUGCGACUUACACAAAUACCGUAGUUCUAAUCCAUCUUCGCCAGCUCAUUAACUGGUUCGCACCGCUUCAUCUCGCUUUCGCUUUUCCACGCUUUAUCCGGUCUGCAUAUCUAUCACGAAUCACCUUAUCACGACCUUCUGCUAUAAUCAGGUCCCAACGCAUUGACAUCACAUACAGCAACAUCCAAACGCGUAUAGGUCUCACUCGACUUUCUGUACUGUAUCACCGCAUCUGGUUGCGGCUAUUUCCCGCAAUGAUUUAUUCCAUGAUUUAUUCGAUUUCGGACUGCAUGCAUUAAUAUAUUUCUCACACCUGCAUCUCCGCUGAUAUUCCCUCUUC